AUGUUCUCGAGAAGCAUAAGACUUAUUUCCCUAAAUUCAAGGAGGCUACUUAGAACUAUGAGCAUAGCCAAGGGUAAACCAGAAGAAGCCAAAAUAAUUGAAGCCCGUCACGUUAAAGAAACGUCUGAGUGCAAAUGGAUUGGUUUACAAAAAAUUAUUUACAAAGAUCCCAAUGGCAAGGAAAGGGAAUGGGAUAGCGCAGUUAGGACUACUAGAAGUUCCGGUGGUGUGGACGGCAUUGGUAUCUUAACCAUUCUAAAAUACAAGGAUGGCAAACCUGAUGAAAUUUUACUACAAAAGCAGUUUCGUCCUCCCGUUGAGGGUGUAUGCAUUGAGAUGCCAGCCGGUUUGAUAGAUGCAGGUGAAGAUAUUGACACCGCUGCCUUGAGAGAACUAAAGGAAGAGACAGGUUACAGUGGUAAAAUAAUUUCUAAAAGUCCAACUGUUUUUAAUGACCCUGGAUUUACCAAUACCAAUCUCUGCCUUGUCACUGUCGAAGUUGACAUGAGUUUGCCUGAAAACCAAAAGCCAGUGACUCAAUUGGAAGAUAACGAAUUUAUCGAAUGCUUUAGCGUCGAGUUGCACAAAUUUCCGGAUGAAAUGGUUAAGUUAGAUCAACAAGGCUACAAAUUGGAUGCACGUGUUCAAAACGUGGCUCAAGGUAUUCUCAUGGCUAAGCAAUACCAUAUCCAAUAG